GGCCAGUCCUGGACGGAAUAAUCGAUCAUAUCCUCUCUUACUUAUUCCUCAGCUGGUACGUAGAUUCUUCUCUUCUAGGUAGCAGCUCUGCUAGCUCCACCGCCGGGGGCUAGUAGCAAGCAAGAGAGGCAGCCGGCCCGCAACGGCAAUGGCGGACGCGGCGGGGGAGGGUCGCCGGGUGUGCGGGAUGCCGGAGAAGGCGCAGCUCCAUGUGGCGAUGCUGGCGCUGCAGUUCGGGUACGCGGGGUUCCACGUGGUGUCGCGGCUGGCGCUCAACAUGGGCAUCAGCAAGCUCGUCUUCCCCGUCUACCGCAACAUCAUCGCGCUCUGCCUCCUCGUGCCCUUCGCCUACUUCCUCGAGAAGAAGGACAGGCCGCAGCUGACGAUCAACUUCGUAGUCCAGUUCUUCCUGCUCGCGCUAUGCGGCAUCACUGCGAACCAAGGGUUCUACCUCCUCGGCCUUGACAACACCUCCCCCACAUUCGCCUCCGCCAUCCAGAACUCCGUGCCGGCCAUCACCUUCGCCAUGGCCGCGGCGCUGCGCAUCGAGAAGGUCCGGCUGGACCACCGCGACGGCGUGGCCAAGGUGGUGGGCACGCUGGCGUGCGUGGCGGGGGCCUCCGUCAUCACGCUGUACAAGGGCCCCACCAUCUUCGGGCCCGAGGCCUCCUUGGGUCUGGAGGCGGCCGCCAAGGUGGGCGCCGGCGGCGAGAAGAACUGGACGCUGGGGUGCGUGUACCUGAUCGGCCACUGCCUGUCGUGGUCGGGCUGGCUGGUGCUGCAGGCCCCCGUGCUGAAGAAGUACCCGGCGAGGCUGUCGGUGACCUCCUACACCUGCUUCUUCGGCGUGAUCCAGUUCCUCAUCAUCGCCGCCUUCAUGGAGAGGGACGCCGACGCAUGGAAGUUCCACUCAGGAUCCGAGAUCUUCACCAUCCUAUACGCCGGGUUCAUCGCGUCUGGCGUUGCGUUCGCUGUGCAGAUCUGGUGCAUCGACCGCGGGGGCCCGGUGUUCGUGGCUGUGUACCAGCCCGUGCAGACGCUGGUGGUGGCCAUCAUGGCCUCCCUGACCCUCGGCGAGAAGUUCUACCUCGGAGGCAUCAUCGGCGCCGUGCUCAUCAUCGCCGGCCUCUACCUCGUGCUCUGGGGCAAGAGCGAGGAGAGGGCGCGCCUCGCCAGGGACCGGGCCGCCGCCGCCGUCAUGCCGCCCGACGCCGCCGUCAUCCGGAGCGCCAAGCUGCAGGCGCCGCCGUCCAGCACGACGCAGCCGCUCCUGCUGCCGUCCUCCACCGAAAACGUCUGACGACCGAUCAUGCAUAUAUGCAUCUAGCUAUAUCGACCCUGCAGCACCAGCAGUAUCUAUAUUACUUAAUUGAUUAGUGGUUUUCUUUCUCAUGUGGAUCGAUUUCACGCACGCAUGCAGCAUGUAUGCAUUAUUAUUAAGAGAUUUGGUGUGGCGAGCGAGCUGAGCAGACGAUAUAUUUGCACGCAUGCAUGUAUGUCUGCAGCAGCACUAGUAGCUAGCUAGGAUUAAUACAUGCAUGCAUGGUCGGUGUGUAAGUCAAUUUAAUAUAUAUAUUGAUCGAUCGGUGUGUUGUUGCUGAACA